CUGAUGUUCAGCUCAUCCGGGUCCCUGCCAUUGAGAGUGUCUGAAGGAGGCGGGAAAUGGCGUCCACAGGAGCAAUGCAACAGCGGGCAGACUGGCGCUGAGUACAGCUAACCAGAGGCAGCUAUAAACAGCAGCUGUCCCUGUCACGGGCACCAGCAGCCAGGCAAACAUACCCACCCCGGCAACGAGAUAUUGCGGAACCCGGCGACCUUACAUGUGACGUUCAGGACGAUGAAGCUGAGAAUGCGCAAAGCGUCUCAGCAGCCCAGCCCCGCCCAGACGCCCCGCCCCGCCCAGGCGCCCCGCCCGUCCCGGACCAAGCGGAAACACUCCGAGGUGGAGGACUGCACGCCCCCGAGCGGAGCCAAGAUGGAGAAGCCCGAGACGGGGAUCUUCUCCACCAUCAAGAAGUUCAUCCGAGGAACCGCCGUCAAGGUGGAGCAGCAGAAUCCGGCCAAGAGGAGCCGCGUCGACCUGGACAACAACCUGAUCUCCUCCACGCCGCAAACGGGCGACCGGGCCAACCAGGGUGUGGCCCAGGCCCACAGACGGGGACCUGUCAACGGGGACACCACGAACCACGACAGGAGCAAACGAGCCAAGCCCAACGGGAAGCUGGAGGAGCCAGGCCGGGCUGUGACCAGCCCGCCCCGCACCACCCUGCUGGGCACCAUCUUCUCCCCCGUCUUCAACUUCUUCUCCACGGCUAACAAAAAUGGGACGUCGGGGCUGGACUCUCCGGGCCAGGCUGUGGAGGCAGAGGAGAUUGUGAAGCAGCUGGACCUGGAGCAGGUGGAGACCCCCACCAGCCUGGCCUCGGCCCCCUGCACGGAGCCUGUCGGAGUGCCCCUCUCUCCCAGCGUUCCUGCCUCCCUGCUGCGGCCCCCGCUGGCCCCCGCUGUGGCCCCGGAGGACGGGGAGAUCGUCACGGACGCCGACCUGCCCCCUCUCACAGCGCCCGGAUUGGCCCCGGACAGCGGGUACUCCGAGGUCCCGCCCACCGCCGCCCCCGAGGGCUCGUACGAGGAGGACUGGGAGGUGUUUGACCCGUACUUCUUCAUCAAACACGUGCCGCCGCUGACAGAGGAGCAGCUCACCCGCAAGCCGGCGCUGCCCCUGAAGACCCGCAGCACGCCCGAGUUCUCCCUCGUCCUGGACCUGGAUGAGACGCUGGUGCACUGCAGCCUGAACGAGCUGGAAGACGCGGCCCUCACCUUCCCCGUCCUCUUCCAAGACGUCAUAUACCAGGUGUAUGUCAGGUUGAGGCCCUUCUUCAGAGAGUUCCUGGAACGGAUGUCUCAGAUUUAUGAGAUCAUCCUCUUCACUGCUUCCAAGAAAGUGUAUGCGGACAAGCUCCUCAACAUCUUGGAUCCCAAGAAACAGUUGGUUAGGCACAGGUUGUUCCGGGAGCACUGUGUCUGCGUGCAAGGGAACUACAUCAAGGACCUCAACAUCCUGGGGAGGGAUUUGUCCAAGACCAUAAUUAUUGACAAUUCACCACAAGCCUUUGCCUACCAGCUUUCCAAUGGGAUCCCCAUCGAGAGCUGGUUCAUGGAUAAGAACGACAGCGAACUGCUGAAGCUGGUUCCAUUCCUGGAGAAUCUGGUUGAGCUGAACGAGGACGUGAGGCCGCACGUGCGGGAGCGCUUCCGUCUGCACGACCUGCUGCCCCCGGACUGAGAGCAGCGCUCCGGGCUGACCCACACGCCGCAGGAACACACACACGGACACAACCAAGAACUCCUGGACCUGUAAAAAAACAAACAAACAAACAAACAAACAAACAGACAAAACUCUUUGGAAUACAAGUAAAACAAUGCCAUUGCUGUUGAAACUGACACUUUUUUUUAAAUUCUUUUUGACCCGCGUUGCUUUUAAAACUUUAUUGUCGAAGAAGGAGACUAAGAAGAAGAAAUGACAGAGACCAUCUAAAGCAGGAAGUCCUUGAAGUGACUUUGCUGAAUAUGGAAUUUAUAAAUACAAAUCUUAUCUCUUCUCUCUCUCUCUAUAUAAAAAAAAAAAAAAAAAAUUAAAUAUAUCUAAUUAUACUCGCAUAAUUGUAGGCAAGACCAGGAAGGGAUGCUUUUUGGACUGGCUCUUUUUUCAUUUCCCCCGGCCCCCCGGCGCGCUGUCUGGGUUUGAUUUGCUGCAGUGGCUCCCAGGAGGUGUUGCGUCCGUGUGGACCGGGAGCGCGGCUCUGUACAGAAGGCUUCCCGCGCUCCGCAGGACGCUCCAGGAACACGGGAACGACGACGGGACUCUUCAUUUCAACAGGAAUGGCCAGUGAAACAAACUGUGUAUAUACGCUUCCCCCCCACCCCCCCAACUUUUUCCUUCAUCAGGUUUUUAAAAACUUUAUACUUUUUAGCCCAGGAUGAUUUCAUUAUGCAUUCCCUUUAUAGUUUAGGUGCUUUUUUUUUUUUUGUAGUGUUAGCGUUUUCUUUUUAAAAGUUUUUAUCUUAUGUUAAAUGGCUGUUUUUUCCUGCCUUGUCCGCUGGCAAAAUGUACAUUGUUGUUUUUUUACGGGAAAAAUGUAGUUGUCGGUCUGUUCAUUAAAGAUGCAUUUAUAUAGUUUCUGUAAAAUAUUUCACUGUAGUUUUGAAACGGAUUUGACAAAUGGGGCGGGGGGAGGAGAUGAAUUCUGGGAUAGGGUUACUGCCUUGUGUAGAAUGGGGUACACCUCAGCCCUUUAAACCAUAGUGAAGGCUUGUUGUAUCCCUCGGUCAGUCUGUACACCGACUGCUAGUGUUUUCCGGUUGGUUUUGUUUUAGUGUUAAGGCCAUAUUUUCCUCUCUCAAAAUCUUUGACAAGCCAAUGUUUUUGUGCGCGUUCUUUAUAUCAAAGGAGCUGUAUAAACUGUCAACACUUUUCUCCCCCUCCCCCCCCCUCAAAAUAUAUUAAAACAUUUUUUAACUCCUG